GUCCUUGUCCAGUUAAACACCCUCGGUUGGGAAGUCAUUGAUUGCUCCCCUCUCCUCGCGUUUGAAUAUGGUGCGGACUAAAGAGGACAGUGUCCCAGGCACCUACAGAAAAGUGGUGGCUUCUCGAGCCCCCAGGAAGGUGCUUGGUUCCUCCACUUCUGCCAGUAAUUCCGCAUCGCUUUCGUCGAGGAAAGUUGAAAAUAAGUAUGCCGGAGGGAAUCCAGUUUGUGUGCGCCCAACUCCCAAGUGGCAAAAAGGAAUCGGAGAAUUCUUUGGGCUGUCCCCUAAAGAUUCUGACAAAGAGAAUCGAAUUCCUGAAGAGGCAGGAAGCAGUGGCUUAGGAAAAGCAAAAAGAAAAGCACGUCCUUUGCCACCUGAUCACACAGAUGACGAAAAAGAAUAGAACUCUCUUAAUUCAUCCUUGACUAAUGUCUCCUGUUUAUUAUUCUAAGAUGUAAAUUUGGAUAAAUGUAUUUGUUCCAAUUAGCUUUGCUGAAUAGGCAUUUAAUUUAAAAAAUGAGGCUUAUAUAGAGUUACUCAAAAGCAAGUAAUUAUGAUAUUGGAGAAUUUGUAAGAUUCGUUAUGGUUACUUACCUUGGUAUUCAAUAUAACGCAGUAUUUGGUUUCUUUUACCUGUUAUUAAGCUUCUUUUUCUUGCUAAAAAUUAAUCAUUGAAUGGUGUUCUAAUUACAAAUCUGCUGUAUUUGAGAUUUUCUUAGAUCUUUGUACUGCUGCCAUUUUUAUUGGCGUUUGAUUAUUAGAAUGGUGCCGUAUUUUUGUUCCUUUUAUUUGCUUUAAGAAGCAGACUUAGAUUUUUGCACAUUAAAAAAAUUCAGUAUUAAUUAAACUGAACCUAACCCUUUUUAAGAAAGAGGGCCAAAGAUGCAAUGUUGAAGAAAUUUGGAUGGCUAUGUAUCUUCUCCUUAAGAGCAAUAUGGCCUGAGGAUUUAAACAGUUGAUAAAGUUUCUAACAACAACAAAGCAGGUAAAAUAAGAAUUUUAGAAUUAGACAGGAAGAUUUCAUAGACUACAUUAAAAGAGAGAAAUUUUCCUAGAAAUGCAUUUGAUUCAGUAUCAUAAAAUACAACCUUUUGAGCCUGUACUUUUCAAGUUGGAAAUCAAUAAAACAUAAAAGGCAAAUCAUGCCAUAAAUCCAGAGGUAUGUCUAGAGUCCUUAGAGCUACCAUUAUAUAUUUUAAGAUAACCAGGGGUAUAAUUAAAGAGGUGGGUAUAAUAUAACUUAGUAACUGAUAUUCUUGCUUCCUUAUCACACUUUUUGCUUCCUGAUAUUCUGUUGUCUAAGUUUACCAUGUUUUAACAAGUAUGUUCUUCUGAAGUUUGUUUUUAAUAAAUGAAUACUUAUUUUCACAA